AGAACUGGUGGGCGGUCCUUCCUGUGACACGACCCUUGAGUGACAGUUCUAUUUGAUUGCCUCCAGUACUGUGAGGAAAGGACACGACUCUAUGGUGAGGACUGAUGGACAUACAUUAUCUGAGAAAAGAAACUACCAGAGCAGAAGAAUCCCACCGUUUAUCAUGUUCUGGUUGGACUCCUUUCUUAUCGUUUGCUGGAGUUUGAACUUCAGAGCUAUGGUGUCAACCCUGCUGUAAUAUCUCAGGGGAGCUCCUAGUGUGGGGCUGGUGCCAUGGCUCACCCUCCAACCUUUCCUUCUUCACUUCAGCCUCCAGCUCUGAGCUUUCCAAUCCCCAGAGUAGCAAAUGUUGAAAGAAGUUGCACAGGUGACAAACAGCAUGUUUGGUGCUUCAAGAAAGAAGUUUGUAGAGGGGGUGGACAGCGACUACCAUGAUGAGAACAUGUACUACAGCCAGUCUUCUAUGUUCCCACAUCGGUCAGAGAAAGAUAUGCUGGCAUCACCAUCCACAUCAGGUCAGCUGUCUCAAUUUGGGGCAAGUUUAUACGGGCAACAAAGUGCAUUAGGCCUUCCAAUGAGGGGGAUGAGCAACAAUACCCCUCAGUUAAAUCGCAGCUUAUCACAAGGCACUCAGUUACCGAGCCACGUCACGCCAACAACAGGGGUACCAACAAUGUCACUUCACACGCCUCCAUCUCCAAGCAGGGGUAUUUUGCCUAUGAAUCCUAGGAAUAUGAUGAACCACUCCCAGGUUGGUCAGGGCAUUGGAAUUGCUAGCAGAACAAAUAGCAUGAGCAGUUCAGGGUUAGGUAGCCCCAACAGAAGCUCGCCCAGCAUAAUAUGUAUGCCAAAGCAGCAGCCUUCUCGACAGCCUUUUACUGUGAACAGUAUGUCUGGAUUUGGAAUGAACAGGAAUCAGGCAUUUGGAAUGAAUAACUCCUUAUCAAGUAACAUUUUUAAUGGAACAGAUGGCAGUGAAAAUGUGACAGGAUUGGACCUUUCAGAUUUCCCAGCAUUAGCAGACCGAAAUAGAAGGGAAGGAAGUGGUAACCCCACCCCAUUAAUAAACCCCUUGGCCGGAAGAGCACCUUACGUUGGAAUGGUAACAAAACCUGCAAAUGAGCAAUCCCAGGACUUCUCAAUACACAAUGAAGACUUUCCAGCAUUACCUGGUUCCAGCUAUAAAGAUCCAACGUCAAGUAAUGACGACAGCAAAUCUAAUUUGAAUACGUCGGGGAAGACAACUUCAAGUACAGAUGGACCCAAAUUCCCUGGAGAUAAAAGUUCAACAACACAAAACAAUAAUCAGCAGAAAAAGGGGAUCCAGGUGUUACCUGAUGGUCGAGUUACUAACAUUCCUCAAGGGAUGGUGACGGACCAAUUUGGAAUGAUUGGCCUGUUAACAUUUAUCAGGGCAGCAGAGACAGACCCAGGAAUGGUACAUCUUGCUUUAGGAAGUGACUUAACAACAUUAGGCCUCAAUCUGAACUCUCCUGAAAAUCUCUACCCCAAAUUUGCAUCACCCUGGGCAUCUUCGCCUUGUCGGCCUCAGGACAUAGACUUCCAUGUUCCAUCUGAAUAUUUAACGAACAUUCACAUUAGGGAUAAGUUGGCUGCAAUCAAGCUUGGCCGAUACGGAGAAGACCUCCUCUUCUAUCUCUAUUACAUGAAUGGAGGAGAUGUGUUACAACUCUUAGCUGCAGUAGAGCUUUUUAACCGUGAUUGGAGAUACCACAAAGAAGAACGAGUGUGGAUUACCAGAGCACCAGGCAUGGAGCCCACAAUGAAAACCAAUACAUAUGAGAGGGGAACAUAUUACUUCUUUGACUGUCUGAACUGGAGGAAAGUAGCUAAGGAGUUCCAUCUGGAAUAUGACAAAUUAGAAGAACGGCCUCACCUGCCAUCCACCUUCAACUACAACCCUGCUCAGCAAGCCUUCUAAAAGACUUCCCUUUCCUGGGGUAUGGCUGUCUCAGCACAGUACUCGACAGAUCCGCAGAACUGAUGUGGCUCAGGCAACCUGGUUUUAAUUCAUUGAGGAUCUGGCAAUUGGCUUACGUAAAGGGUCACCAUUUGAGGUCCUGCCUUACCAAUUAUGUGCUGCCCAACAACUAAAUUUGUAAUUUGUUUUCUCUAGUUUGAGCAGGGUCUGAAUUUUUUCGUUUAUUUUCUUUUUGCCAGCAGACAGACUUGAGUCUAUAAAGACAAGCAAGUACACUGACAGAAGUUACCAUUUAGUUUCUUAAAUGUAAAAAAGAAAACCCACAAAAGACUCAACAAAAUUAGACCACAAAAUUUGCAUUGUUCAUUGUAGCACUAUUGGUAAUAAAAUAACAAAUGUUUGUGCAUUUUUAUGUGAAGAUCCUUCUCGUAUUUCAUUUGGAAAGAUGAGCAAGGGCUGCUUCUUUCAUUUUACUUCCCCUUCUGUUUCUGAAAGGCAGUUUCGCCAGGCUUAAUGCAAGAAUAUGACUGUAGAAGAAAGAGAUUGCCACGGUCUCUGGAUGGUUUCCAGGGCUGUGUUGUUACUGAGCUUCAUCUUUCCAGAAUGAGCAAAACACUGUCCAGUCUUUGUUACGAUUUUGUAAUAAAUGUGUACAUUUUUUUUAAAUUUUGGACAUCACAUGAAUAAAGGUAUGUAUGUACGAAUGUGUAUAUAUUAUAUAUAUGACAUCUAUUUUGGAAAAUGUUUGCCCUGCUGUACCUCAUUUUUAGGAGGUGUGCAUGGAUGCAAUAUAUGAAAAUGGGACAUUCUGGAACUGCUGGUUAGGGGACUUUGUCGCCCUGUGCACUAAAGGCCAGAUUUUCAGCAGCCAAGGACAUCCAUACCCAAGUGAAUGUGAUGGGACUUGAAGACGUGAACUGAGACAAUUCACUCUGGCUGUUUGAACAGCAGCGUUUCAUAGGAAGAGAAAAAGAUCAAUCUUGUAUUUUCUGACCACAUAAAGGCUUCUUCUCUUUGUAAUAAAGUAGAAAAGCUCUCCUCA